GCCCCGCACUUCCGCUCCACGCCCCCGCUGGUCCUACCUCCUGCAGUAGGGUAGCGUGUUGGGGAUGGCGGAGGCUGGGGACCGCGGUGGGCAGCAGGCGGCCUGCGGGCACGACAGCUACUGCUCGCCGUUGGCCUCCCGUUACGCCAGCCCGGAGAUGUGCUUCAUGUUUAGCGACAGGUGCAAGUUCCGGACCUGGCGGCAGCUCUGGCUGUGGCUGGCGGAGGCUGAGCAGGCAUUGGGUUUGCCUAUCACAGAUGAACAAAUCCAGGAGAUGAAAUCAAAUCUGGACAACAUCGACUUCAAGAUGGCAGCUGAGAAAGAGAAACAAUUGCGACAUGAUGUGAUGGCUCAUGUGCAUACGUUUGGCCACUGCUGCCAGAAAGCUGCUGCCAUAAUUCAUCUUGGUGCCACCUCCUGCUAUGUUGGAGACAAUACAGACCUGAUUAUUCUUAGAAAUGCGAUUGACCUGCUCUUGCCAAAGCUUGCUAGAGUGAUCUCUCGGCUUGCUGACUUUGCUAAGGAACGAGCUGAUCUUCCUACCUUAGGUUUCACACAUUUCCAGCCUGCUCAGCUGACCACAGUUGGGAAACGUUGCUGUCUUUGGAUUCAGGAUCUUUGCAUGGAUCUCCAGAACCUAAAGCGUGUCCAAGAUGACCUGCGCUUCCGAGGAGUAAAGGGCACCACUGGCACUCAAGCCAGCUUCCUGCAGCUCUUCGAGGGAGAUGAACAGAAGGUAGAGCAGCUUGACAAGAUGGUAACAGAAAAGGCCGGAUUUAAUAGGGCUUUCAUCAUCACAGGGCAGACUUACACACGAAAAGUAGAUAUUGAGGUGCUGUCUGUGCUGGCUAGCUUGGGGGCAUCCGUGCACAAGAUUUGUACUGACAUACGACUCCUGGCAAACCUCAAGGAGAUGGAGGAACCCUUUGAAAAACAGCAGAUUGGCUCAAGUGCGAUGCCUUACAAGCGGAAUCCUAUGCGCUCAGAGAGGUGCUGCAGUCUUGCCCGGCACCUGAUGACCCUUAUCAUGGACCCACUGCAGACGGCAUCUGUGCAGUGGUUUGAGCGCACACUGGAUGAUAGUGCCAAUCGACGUAUCUGUUUGGCUGAGGCAUUUCUCACUGCAGAUGCCAUAUUGAAUACGUUGCAGAACAUUUCUGAAGGAUUGGUGGUAUACCCUAAAGUAAUUGAGCGGCGCAUUCGGCAAGAGCUACCUUUCAUGGCCACAGAGAACAUCAUCAUGGCCAUGGUGAAAUCUGGGGGUAACCGCCAGGAUUGCCAUGAGAAAAUCAGAGUGCUUUCCCAGGAGGCAGCUGCUGUGGUCAAGGAGGAAGGGGGUGACAAUGACCUCAUAGAGCGAAUCCAGGCUGAUGCCUACUUUAGUCCCAUUCACUCCCAGUUGGACCGUCUACUGGAUCCAUCUUCUUUUACAGGUUGUGCAUCCCGACAGAGACAGAGAGAGAGAGAGGCAGAGACACAGGCAGAGGGAGAAGCAGACAUCAUACAGAGAGCCUGAUGUGGGACUUGAUCCAGGGUCUCCAGGAUCACGUCCUGGGCUGCAGGCGGCGCUAAACCACUGCACCACCGGGGCUGCCCUAGUUACAGGAUUUAAAGUUGGAAGACAAACUGGAGGUAGGAGACCAGCAAGGAAGCUGCUGUAGGCGGCCACGUAGUAGAUGACAAGGGUGUUGAGCCAAGGUGGUGGUAGUUGCAGAUGAGGAGAUUGCAGGGCCAUUUAGAGAGUUAACCCUUGGCAGCUUGUUGAAUGAAGAGGAGGGAAGAAGCAGUGAUGAGUUUAGCUUGGAGAAAGGGUAGACAAUGGGAAGACCAACUAAAAGAACAGACUGGGCUGGUUUGUGUGGAAGCACAUGUGGGCAUGGUGGGUUGAACUGCCAGAUAUCUAGGGACAGAUUUCUGAAAGGCAGUUGAGAAAAAUAGAAGUUCAGUGGUGAAGUAAGAGU